AUGACACGCUGCUUGUCGGUGAAGUUGUGGAACUUCCACGGCGCUGGUUGGGACCAGGUAUCGGUGCUUGAGAGCGAUGGGUUUGACAGUGAGAAAGCAGGUGACAGGGAGGUACAGAGAACUAUGCUUGAGCUCCUCAACCAGCUGAACGGGUUCCAGCCCAACAUGCAAGUUAAGGUUAUCGCUGCCACUAACAGGGUGGAUAUCCUAGAUCCCCUACUGCUGCGUUCUGGACGUUUGGACCGUAAGAUUGAGUUCCCAAUGCCCAAUGAGGAAGCACGAGCCCGGAUAAUGCAGAUUCACUCACGCAAGAUGAACGUCAGCCCUGACGUCAACUACGAGGAGCUGGCCAGGUGCACUGAUGACUUCAACGGCGCCCAGUGCAAAGUAGUGUGUGUGGAGGCGGGUAUGAUCGCCCUUCGCAGGGGGGCAACUGAGCUCAAUCAUGAGGACUACAUGGAAGGCAUCUUGGAAGUACAAGCUAAGAAGGCCAACCUGCAGUACUACGCCUAAGACUCUUCAGGGGAAGUGUGUUACUCUCCAAUUAUAUCCAAAACAUGAACCAAUCUGUAUUAUUUGUGCAGCCAUAAUAGUCCACAUUAGUGUACAACACUAAUUGCCACUUCUCACUCUUUGGUGCUUCGGAAGUUGUUUGGUCUGAGGCUGGGACUGGAGACAUGUUUUGGUACCAAUGGUCCAUGAAAGAAUAAAAAAAGCUUUUUUCAUUAAGCCAUUUGGCUAGAUGGAAAUAAUUAACAAGCUGUGGCAGACAUUGCCACAUAUUUCAGAUGUUACCAUUUACAAAUAUUAUGAAAGGGGCAUUUUGCCACCAUAUUCGGGCUGUUACCUGCGCGUACUUUCGAUGGGAAUGUCAAAAGGACCAUUUUGUCCGACAGUCGACUUCAGUUGUACCUUUGACAGAAACAGCCGAUGUACUUCUGUGAAACUAGUCACCUAUUGUCAUUCUAUUCAGUUUGUGUUGCAAAUGUUCAGGGUGUAACUUGUCUGAAACUCGUUUUGAAUCAAUGUUUCAGGGGACUAGCUACACACUGGAGAAUGAGAUCAAAAGCUUAAAACCCAAUGCUGUAAGAG